UGCCCUCAGCCASAGCCGGUCACGAUCUCACGGGAUCCCGGCAUGGGUCAGUCUGGCAGGGACCACCGAAGCUCGUCUGGUCCCACGUCCCUGCUGAGGCAGGGUCAUCCCAGAGCACAGGGCACAGGGCUGUGUCCAGAGCGGUGUGGAAUAUCGCCAGGAAGGAAAAUUCUGCCCUCUCUCUGGUCUCUUUUCGGGGCUCGGUCCCUGCCCAAGGCAGAAGUUCUGUCUCCUGUACAGGGGAAUUCCCAGGGCUCAGUCCCUGCCCGUCCCUCUGGUGCCACUGCUGUGACAGCCAGGGAGCAGAGCUUGGCACUGCUUGGAGCCCUCCCUGCAGACACGGACACAGGGAUGAGGUCCCCUCUCAGCUGUGUCUCCUCUCAAGGCUAAACAGCCCCAGCUCCUUCAGCCUACCCUCGAUAGGGAGAUGCUGCAGUCCCCUCAUCAUCCUCACAGCCCCUACUAGCCCCGCUUUAGGAGCUCCAUGUCUCCCUUUUCCUGAGGAGCCCAGGACUGGACACAGUACUCCAAAUGUGCUUCACCAAGGCUGAGCAGAGAGGCAGGGCCCACUUCCCCCCUGCACCUCUGGCCAUACCCCAUGCCUCUCUCUCCCUGCAGUGCAGUGCCCCUGGCCCACGUGGAGGUAGAGGGUCACAGGGACCAGCCACCCCUCGUCAUGCUCCACGGGCUCUUUGGCAGCCAUGGCAACUUCCAGACGGUGGCCAAGACAUUGGUACGCCGUGGUAGYGGCAAGGUGCUGACAGUGGAUGCACGGAACCAUGGCAGCAGUCCCCACAGCCCCGUGAUGACAUAUGAAGCGAUGAGCCUGGAUGUGCAGCAGCUCCUGAACCGCCUGGGCMUCACCAAGUGCAUCCUCGUGGGACACAGCAUGGGGGGCAAGACGGCCAUGACGCUGGCCUUGCAGCGGCCAGACCUGGUGGAGCGCCUCAUCUCUGUAGACAUUGGUCCCACCACAACCRCCCCUGUGUCCGAAUUCUCUGCCUACAUCGCGGCUAUGAAGGAGGUGAAGGUGCCGGAGGGGCUGUCCCGCUCUGCAGCACGCCAGCUGGCUGACAACCAGCUGCAGCCUGUGGUCAAGCACCCACAGCUGAGACAGUUCCUCCUCACCAACUUGGUGGAGGUGGAGGGCCGCUAUGUGUGGCGGGUGAACYUGGAGGCUAUUUCCCGGCACCUGGCAGAUAUCAUGAACUUCCCUGUCUUCCACAAGCCAUAUCCUGGUCCUGCACUCUUCUUGGGAGGAUCCGACUCACCCUAUAUCAGCCCCAGAGACUACCCAGAGAUCCAACGUCUCUUCCCCAAGGCAGAGAUCCAGUACAUUAAAGGUGCGGGCCACAUAGUCCAUCAGGAUAAAUUUGAAGAAUUCAUCACUGCUGUCCUCAGGUUCCUGCCACAACUGUAGCACUGGGGACUAGGGCUUCUGCAAGGAUCGUGUGCGUCCUGUGGAAUUCUGGGCAGUGACGCAGGGCUUGGGCUCUGAGGAUGGGCUCARCUGGGACUGGCUGUUCUCACUGCAGUCUGAUCCUGCCUGCAAGGCCUUCUCCUGUCCUGGUUCUCCUGCAGCCAGAGUGGAGGCACCUCAGAUCUGCCACCUCGCAGGGACACGAGGUGGCACUGGCUCAGAACACUGUCCUUCCUGCACAGGAGUGUCAGGCACACAGAGUGGGCAGGAGAUCCCUCUCAUUUUCCUGCUGCCAGACCCGUCCAUGGAACUGGCUGAGACUUUGCAGAGUAUGCAAUAAAGCUGAAUCUGUGCCAAGGUUUAACAGGCGUUGGAU